AUAAUAUUGUAAAAAUGUGAACUCCAUUUCCUAUAAGUUUCUUCUGUCUUAGACAUUGACAGAGCAAUUUCGUAAAGCAAUGGGUUCCGAGAAACUAUUCGGUUGCAAUUACCUUUUGCUGAAGCCAGAAAAUGCGAGUGUUGUGGAUCUUGGGAGUCUCUUGGUGUCUUCUAAGUUAAAGAAUAGAGGAUUCAUCGAAUGCCCAGAAGAGGUUGAGGCAAGGGAAUUUCGUCAAAGAUGGCUCCUCUUCACAUCUGUUGUGGCUCAGAAGAUCCUCGUUGCCUUAAGAAACACCAUGAAAAAUGUUGGGGACACCUUGGAGUUGUGGCUUAAUCGAUUAUCAACUAAUGGAGGCUUCAUAUGGCUCUUUCUCAACAUUCUAAGAGGAAAGAUGAUAACACCGGAAAAAUCAUCGGCGGCAUUCUUAUCCGUGGUGGGGCACCUUGACACACGAAUUGGUUUAGAUAAGAGCAUAAAGGAGAAUGAUGCAAAAUACAAAGGUUUAAUCUCAAUGAUGGCUUCAAAAUUAUCAUAUGAGAAUGAACAAUUCGUUAGUGACGCAGUCCGAAAUCAUUGGGAUAUGGAGUUCUUGGGGCAACACAGCUUCUGGAACGAUUACCAAGAGCUCUGGUCCACACGAGCAAUCAUAGUGCAAGAUACCAAGUCAGAACCCAACUUGAUCGUGGUUGCAUUCAGGGGCACAGAGCCAUUCGAUGCAGAUCAAUGGAGAACAGAUGUGGAUAUCUCAUGGUACGAGUUGCCCAAUGUGGGUAGAAUACAUGGUGGUUUCAUGAAAGCAUUAGGUCUACAGAAAAACAGUGGAUGGCCCAAAGAGAUAGAUCAAAGCAGUUCCCAGCAUCGUUAUGCCUACUAUUCAAUAAGAGAGAAGCUUAGAGCCAUGUUGGAGGCAAAAGAGGAUGCAAAAUUUAUAUUGGCAGGGCACAGCUUAGGAGGAGCAUUGGCCAUUUUGUUUGCUGCAGUGCUCACACUGCAUGAGGAGGAAUGGUUGUUGGACAAGUUGGAAGGGGUUUACACAUUUGGACAGCCACGUGUUGGGGACAAUCAGUUUGGGGAGUUCAUGAAGGAUAAGCUUAGAAAGUAUGAUGUGAGGUAUAUGAGGUAUGUUUAUUGCAACGACGUGGUGCCUAGGGUUCCUUAUGAUGACAAAACCCUCUUCUUUAAGCACUUUGGCCCUUGCCUCUACUUCAACAGCUUCUACCAUGGCCAGGUUCUAGAGGAGGAGCCCAACAAGAAUUAUUUCUCUUUGUUUUGGGUCAUACCCAAGAUCCUAAACGCAGUUUGGGAGGUUAUUAGAGGAUUUCUUAUCCCAUUUGUAGAAGGUAAAGAGUAUAUACAAAAUUGGUUAAUGACGAUUUUCAGGCUCUUUGGAAUGAUAAUUCCAGGACUACCGGCUCAUUUUCCAACGGAUUAUAUCAAUGUUACCAGAUUGGGAUCCUUACAUGGAUUUAUGGAGCAUCAAAAUUCACAAGAUUCCAAGGCUGACUAAUGUCAACGCUUGUGACCAACUAGUUAAUAAUAAUUUUGUACAAUAUCAAUUCUUUUGAUGUUUUCUCCUUUCCUUUAUGAUACUGGAAUGUUCAUUGAACAAUUACUUUAAAAAUGUUCUUUGUUAGUAAAGUAGCCAAAAACAUACUUGAAGGGGUUAAAUUUUCUUUUUUGUGUGAUUUUCGAUAGUUUUUCCAUAAAUAGCAAGUUAAAAGAGUGAUUAAGGCUAGCAUGAACCACAUUAGUAAGAGGUUUAUGAUAUACCAUUUUAUUUUUCCA